AUGGAGUCUCAGCAACCCCCAGCAGGUACUGCUGCUGCUGCUGCCUCUCCGUCUCAUCGCAAGGGACACAAGCCCUCAUCCUCGCUGGGCUCUCUGUACGAAGUCCUGGCCGACCUCGACGAGAAUCAACUACAGUAUCUCAUCCAGGAGAUGAACCAUACUGGCCACCAGAAUGUCCCCGUAUCCAAGGCAGUGACGGCAUUCGAGACCAAGAACCCGACGGACUCACUCACCACAUUGAGGUCUAGCAUGCUGCCACCAGCACCUGGUCAGUCGGCGCCAGACGUCUUUGCCCCAGGACUGCAGCGGCAGUUAUCCAAAUCUCAACAAGGGAAGCUGCGUUUGCAGACGGCUUUUCAGCGAACACCGUCGUUACGCCAGAGACAGCGUCAAGACAGCCCCAGCACACAUCAGCCCUUACACAGCUCACCCCUCAAGGACCUUGAGCCGCAGCCUGUCAACUCUCAGCCUACGCAGCCGGUGGAACACCACCCUGUUCAACACCCUGCUCAGCAAUCUCGUCCCGAGAAAGAGAUUGAUAAACGGGCAUCCGAUUUCUCCUUAUUUGAUUUCGGAUUUGCCGGGAAUGAGUCCCGGGAGCCGGCGACACAGCCGGAAAAGGAGGAGCAGCAGGCUCAACUUCAGCCGGAACACAAGACGAAUGUCGACACCCAGCCGCCGGUCGGUUCCUCAUUCAACUUUGGAUUCUCUGGCAGCAAAGUCGAACCGAGGGAAAGAAGCGAAGAACGUCGGCCAGGAGAGCCGGAGGCGCCGCGGGGGAGGAAGGAGAUUACCGUUGAGACCAGCAACCUGCCGGCGCCCACCGGUAGAAGCAGGACAAAGUCUGUCGCUUACAAACGGAUUCCGCGACCCGAUUUCAAUCUGCCUUCUGGCAUCACGGUCACAGACCUCCUGGAGCUCCUCGAAUUGGAGUAUCAAUCCGCGAAUCCGCAACAGCCUUCGAGGACCCCCAGCUUCUCAUCUUCGCCGUCGUCCACGCAUCUUUCUCCGGCAUCGCUCCCCCUACCGCGUGCUAAUGCGGCCAGGCGGGCCAACAUUCAGACUCCAAGCUGGCCCGCGUCUCGACCUCUUCGCAGGCAUUCUUCCAGGUUGGACAUGAUGCUAGAUGCCGAGCGCAAUGUUUCUGGCGCUGAGGAGAUUGGUCUCGGUAUGCUUGAGCCCCGGCCGCUCAGGUCGUCCUCCGUCGGGACAAGAUCGGCCUCUCUGGGCAAUUCCGCGGCUAGCACUCCGAUCAUGUCGAUGGACUCUUUCUGCUUCGACGGGCCUGUCAGGGCGGAUACGACUCCUCCUGUCAUGGAGGGAAUCUUUGACGUCUUGGAGAAUCAGUAG